AUGUACAGAAUAGAUGUUUCAGAUUUUUAUGACUUCCAAACGUUCAGAAAUAUGUGUCCAUUUCGAGACUAUAACAAAGCAGUCGAGAAUUUGAAACGUUUAGUCAUUUAUGUCGACUCUGCCCCAGAAUGUUAUGUUAUGAAAGAAUGGGAUGUAGUCUUUAACAAACCUAAAGCGACAAUAGUUUCAGAACAAGAAUGUAAACAGAAACUUAAGAAAAUAAAAGUCGUACAAGUUGGCAUGAAGAUGUUAGAUGCUUGGGAUAUCUUAUUGUCAAAGUUAGAAGAUUUUUCAGUUCGUGGUAUAAAGUUUUAUACACCUUCUCCAAACUUCUAUUCUAUCUUCACUGGAUAUAAAUACGAACAAGUAGAAUGGAAAGAAAAUGUUAUAGAAGCUUGGUUAGACCAUGUCAAAGAAAUUAUAUGCAAUGGAAACGAAAAGGUUUAUGAGUAUAUCUUAUGUUGGUUUGCAAACAUCUUACAACAUCCAAGUGCUAAAAAUGAAACUGCUCUCAUUAUAAUUGGAAAACAAGGAACUGGUAAGAACACAUUCUUUACAGAUAUCUU